CGUCGAGUCCACGACGACGACUACACUUCAAAACAAACCAAACAACAGCGAUGCGGUGUCACACAACUAAGUUCCUGCUAGUAUCCGGCGCGCUUUUUUUGCUCCUCUUCCUUUCGCCACUGUCCGCUAAAAUAUGCGACAGCAUAGACGUGCGAAACAAGAUCGAGUACUUGAACAAGUUGAGGAACUGCACGGAGAUCACGGGCAACUUGAACAUUGUGCUUAUCGAGACGACGAAGAGCGUGAGCGAGUACGAUCAGUAUGUGUUUCCGGAACUGACGCGCGUUACUGGCUAUGUGUUGUUUUUCAAAGUGAAACAUGUGACGUCUAUUGGGAAGUUGUUCCCGAACUUGCGGCUGAUCAGGGGGUUGGAGUUGUUCUUUGAAUUCUCGCUGGUGCUGUAUAAUUUGCCCAAUUUGAAGGAGAUUGGCACGGAUAAACUGUUCUAUAUUGCCAGAGGAGGUGUCAAAAUCGAUAAGGCUCCACAACUAUGCUACGCCGACACUAUCCAAUGGCGUCAUAUUGGAAACAACACCCAUCUGGAUAUAAGAGAUACCAAAGAUGAUUGUCCAGCCUGUCCGGAGAAAUGCAAUGGAUCAUGCUGGAACCAAAACAGCUGUCAAAUAUUCACCGACCAAUGCCAUCAGGAAUGUUUAGGGUGCACUGAAAACAAUUCCACCACCCACUGCGAAGUUUGCAAGAACUACAACGACAACGGGACCUGUGUUGCAAAAUGUCCUUCGGACAAGUACAUCGUUCGUACCACCAACAGAUGCAUAUCGGCCAAAGCAUGUUCAGACCUAAACAACGAAACGACCAAGUUCUACAGGAACAAGAACUGGCUGAUUUACGAGAACGAGUGCAGGAGCGAUUGCCCGGUUGGUACCAAGUACGACAACACCACCAACACCUGCAAGUCCUGCGGCAACUUUUGCGUCAGAAACUGCACGGUUUUCGAGAUCAACAAUCAAAACGCCAUCACCAACCUGUACGGUUGCACGCAUGUGCUCAGUCCCUUGUCGAUAGUCGGUUUGAGGACGGAACAGGAACUCGAAGUGCUCAAGCAGAACCUGAAAUGGGUCAGGUACAUCAGGGACUACUUGCAGAUAUCAAACAAUCGCAACUUGAAAGAUCUGAACUUUUUGCCGAGCCUGAGGGUCAUCGAUGGCCAAAAUACCAGAGCCAACAAAACGUUGCUGGUGUAUGAGAAUCGCAACUUGAAAAAGUUAUGGGAUGGGGAUUAUUCAUUGAAAAUUAAUGGUACGAUCGGAUUCAGCGACAACGAUAAGCUGUGCUUGAGUGAAAUCGGGGCGUUGGCCAAAAGGGCCAAUAUCAGUUAUAGCAACAGGGACGUAUCGCAGAAUUCGAACGGUGUCCUGUGUUCAAUACCGAAGGAUGAGUCUGUCAAAGUUAACGUCACUCAGAUCAACUCCACCAACGUCACUUUGGUCUGGGAGAAACGAGAUGAGAGCAUUCUGUACUACACCGUUUAUUAUACUGAUCAAUACAAUAUGACGGCGGAUAAUGACGUUUGCACAGCAAGCAACUGGAUUACGUUUAUUACGUUUAAUAGUUCUGCCCAGUUAAUAAACUUGACUGCAUUUACUACUUACUAUUACUACAUCCAAAUCUACGUUCAAGACAAGAAGAGUGAGACUAAAGUGGAAACGUUUCAAACUUUGGCCGAUGAUCCUGAAGCAGUCAAGGACUUUAUUGCUCAAGCGAUAGACCAUCACUCCAUAAGACUAAUUUGGAAGGAGCCAGUGAAAACAUACGGCCAUUUAAGUAGUUACACUAUCACCGUCUAUAGAGAAGAUGACGAUCCAAAUAUAGCUCAGCUACGAGAUUAUUGCAAGUAUUCCCAUAGCAACAAGGGGGCAGAAGUAGAUCAGUCUGACGACGAAGUAGUUACGGAGAAACCAAUCCACGACCCCAAAAUUCACUCUAACAACACCGAAACUGUCAUGGACGCGACUUGUCAACCCGAGGAAGAAGUCAACAUUCGGCUACAGAACGACAUCUGGCUGAAACUGUGCGACAAAAACUCCCAAUCCAAGUACGGCUUCGACGACUGCAAAAAUUAUUAUUAUGAUCGCAUCAACCACAUAGGUAUCAACUACAUAGGUAUUCCCGUACAAAAACGUUCGGGACUUCACAUACAAACGCCCACCCACAAGAAAACCAGCCUAGACCACGAAAAACCGCGAGUUUUUACGGAAAUAGUAGACGCCACCCGAACCACAACCAUCGUCAAAAACCUACAUCAAUUCUCGAUCUACGUCUUCUACAUAAUGGCCUGCAACCAUCCGGUAAACGAACGAAACCUGUGCGGCCCGGUGGAACAGACCUUCGUAAGAACCAAAAAGAACCCCUCGGCUGACGUCAUCCCCCAAAACAGCGUCAAGUCUCAGGUGCAGGAGUACGACGUGUCGAUCAACUGGGCCGAACCGAAGGAACCAAACGCUUUAAUCGUCUCCUACCACAUCGUUUACUACAAGAAGGAACCGGAACAUUCCAAACCGUCCAGGGCGUGCAUUACUCGCGAAGAGUACAAAAAGGAGAGAGGUUAUACUUUGAAGGGGAUGCCUCCGGGAAGCUAUUCUCUGAGGCUUCAACCAGUGUCUUUGGCCGGACCGGGAAAUCUCACGAAAGCGUUUGAUUUCGUGAUCAAACCCCCAGACUCUCCCAGCAAAUUCUGGUUAAUUUUUCUAGUCAGUUUCUUUGUGCUGAUCGGAAUUUGCGGAUUGUUGUUAUUCCUAAGAAUCAAAUACAUCAGAUCUCGCGAAAGGGUCCAGCUAAUAGCCAGCAUCAACCCGGAUUACGCAGGUCUGAUCUACAUCGAAGACGAAUGGGAGACGAACCGUGAUGAUAUCGAACUACGAAAAGAACUAGGUAAAGGAACGUUCGGAGUGGUUUACUAUGGCCUGAUCAAGUCCAAAAACAUGCCCUGCGCUGUUAAAACGGUCACGGAUAAAGCCACGGUGCAGGAGAGGAUCAGUUUCCUGACCGAGGCUUCGAUUAUGAAGGAGUUCAGUCACGCGCAUCACGUGAUAAAGUUAUUCGGGGUGGUUUCGAGGGAUCAGCCGCCUUUGGUGGUGAUGGAGCUGAUGGAGAGGGGAGAUCUGAAGGAGUAUCUCAGAAGGCUCAGAGAUUCGUCUCAGAAUUUCACGUCUAACGAGAUAUACCGGAUGGCGAUAGAGAUUGCGGACGGGUUGGCGUAUUUAACGUCGAGAAAGUACGUGCAUCGGGAUUUGGCAGCGAGGAAUUGUAUGGUGGCUAAUGAUAGGACUGUCAAAAUCGGAGACUUUGGAAUGACCAGAGACAUCUACGAAAACGACUACUACAAAAAGGGGACCAGAGGAUUACUACCUGUCAGAUGGAUGGCCCCUGAAAGUUUAGCGGACGGUGUAUUUACCUCGGAUUCAGACAUAUGGAGUUAUGGCAUUGUCUUGUGGGAAAUAGCCACACUUGCUGAACAACCUUAUCAAGGUCUGGCAAACGAGCAAGUUCUCCAGUUUGUCAUAUCUGAAGGAACACUGGAAAGGCCGCCCGAAUGUCCGAAUCUACUCUGGGAAAUCAUGCACAGAUGCUGGGAAUGGACUCCGCGGGACAGGCCGACCUGCUUCGAAGUCGUGGACAGUCUCCAAGAUCACGUGGGGCAGGACUUCAAACUGGUUUCCUACUACCACAGCAGGGAGGGUCAGGAGUUCCUAUUUACCCAGGGCAGUUCCAGGGCUAACAACCCUCCAGCCCUGGGUGCGGGUUUACACCAAUUUGAACCACGAAGUUUUGAAGAUGAUCCGUUAAAUUUUGAUGAAUUGCCCACUUAAUUUUAGUCAUCUGAAAUUUGAGGCUGAACAUUCAUAAUAUUGGUCGUACAAAAAUAUUACUAAGCGAGUUACAACUAAUGUUUUUCUAAUCCCAGUGUCCACACAAUGCACAAUAAUGGGGCGAAUACUGUGAAAGCAACUUUUUUAAUUUGUAAGGUUUGUCAAAGGAAAGUUUAACAUACUUUGCGACUCUUUAAGUGUCCGGUUAUAGCUCAGCGGUAAGAAUAUCUGUCUCGAGAAUACAGGGAUGCAAAAUUCUUAAGGAAAUAUAUAGGAUGAUUCAAAGCUAUGGCACGUUGACAUUUCUGGAGAACCGGUGAUAGAAUUUUUUUGAAAAUUUGGAUUUUUACAUAAAGGCACCUGCUUCAUCUAUCUAAAAUAUUUUCAGGGUUACAAU